CAUCAAUCACUCUUCAAACAGUUUCAGGGAAGCGAAGUAUGGCGGAUCCUAAUCUUUACCAUCACCCUGCCUGUGCCGGAAAUGGGUGCGGAGCAGAGCAGGAAAAGGAACCCACCGCCGGCGGGUUGUGCGGACUUCUGAUGAAGAAAGUCGGCGGCGGCGGUCACCACGAUGAACAUAAGCAGACUCCAAGUGAUGUCGCUAUGGCUGACAUUGAACAUCAGGAGGUGAAGCACGGCGGCAACCCCACACUCGCCGAUCAGCUUCACCGCUCUGACUGUGGCGGCUCGUCGAGUGAAGAAGAGGAGGAAGGAGGGGAAAUAGGAGAGAAGAAGAGGAAGAAGAGAGGGAUGAAGGAAAGGAUCAAGAAGAAGCUGUCUGGUGAGAAGGAAGAAGAAGACCACCACUUCGGUCAUCAGCAGGAGCAGCCAGAAAUCAUAAUCACUGGGGAUGAUGAUGAUAAGGCCAAUGACGCUGCUAAUCAAGCUACCCUGAUACAAAUGCACGAAGAUGAUUCGGAGGAGAAGAAAGGUUUCAUUGAGAAGAUGAUGGACAAGCUCCCUUUGUAUGGGCAGGAGAUGAAGAAACCUGGUGAUGAAGAUCAUGUCGACAUUGAAAGCGGUGCUGCUCAGCCGGAGAAAGGGAUCCUGGACAAGAUCAAGGACAAGAUUCCUGGUAGCCACAAGAACGGUGGAGACCAUGAAGCUAAAAAAGAGGAUUGAUUGAUCUCCCUAUUGAAAUUUGUGAAGAUGUGUGUUUGUUUAAAAAUGCUUUCAUCUUAAAGUUCAGUACUUUGAUUUCAGGAAGUUUAGUUUCCCCAUGUUUUUACUGUCUGGUCUCUGUAAUCUUGUAAGUCGUUGAAUGUGAAAAUUUGUUUUGACUAUGUGCCUUUUUUUACUGCUGCUUCAUCCUUCAUUCCUUUGGUUUGGGGAGUGAGAUUCAAAGAAGUAACUCAAUCAGCAAGGAUCCAACAGAUGGACCGUAGCCCAUUUGAGGAAACAUAAUGGCCCACAGAAAAUUCCCUUUCACAAACUGUAGCAGGCCCAUGGAGAGAUCCCAAUUUCUUCUCUACAGAAGCCUAGCCCUUCUACUAACUCAACUAGUAGCCAAAUGUGAUCACUGAUUAGUCAUCCC